CUUACCCUACACUGAGGGAAACAAAAUCACUGUCUAGCUGAAAGCGCAGAUAACAGCAGAAAGGAAGAGAAAUCAAUAUCAUAUGCUAUGUGUACAUCCACCAUAGAUGUCUUUCAUAGGCUACAUGGCUGAAAGAACAACAAUGGACCAUCUAUACACAUCAGUUUAUUGACAUUUGAGACUAUAUUGACUGACUUAAAGGGUAAAAACAAACUGAAUGUCCUUGUGCUAGUGACAUGUUUUGUUCAAGGACAGACAGAGGACCAUAGAGUAUGUUUAUGACCCUAACCGUGUAAAAUGGAAUUGAAGCAGAUGACAUUCGUUUAAAAUAUCUAUUUCUUGAGAAAUAGGCCAAAACGAGUCACUUAACCAGAUUCAUCCACUCACUGGACCACAAUUCUUAAAAGACAAUUUCAGGCUGAUCCAUUAAACACAUUUGUGUGCAUGAGUAUGUGAACUAGUCCAGUGACGGGAAAACAGCAGAGUGGCGCUGUGAGGAAAAGAUGAGGGGAACAUGAGGUGGAUGUGGCUCAUCGCUUAAGGAAGUUAUUGGAAAUUAUGAAAUGACAUCACCGCCGUUUUUUCUUGGCUUUGUUUGGUGCGUCUCCUGACCACGCCUUCCUGCCACCGCGACCAUAAAGCAGCCGGGCCGUGAGUGUGUGCACUAGUUGAACUCCUAGUCAGUGUGGACAACAGGUGCACUACAGCCUCCCUCCACCUCGCUGUUGGAUAUAAUGCCCACAGAGCGCCGCUCGUCGUUUUGCGCAGGGCUUCCUCAUCUGCACUUUGAAUACUUGCACGUUUUCAUAUCCUGAUCACUUCCAGACACACAAAAAUGCCUUUUCCGCCCAUCAGCCUCCAUCCACGGAUCUCCUCUCCUGGCAGGGAACUAUUCGGGAAGAAGAAAGCCAACGGAGUGCCUCCUCAGACUGAGCUCACCAGCAAAUCCGGCGCAGAGAAAGGAGGGUCCGAAAAGGAGAAGCAGUCCACUUCUUGGACCUCCGCGAAUUUAAGGAAUUUGGGGCGAAAAGCUCAGCAAGAGAAGAGUAAAAGCCCAUCUCAGAAGCCGGGUGCCGGUCAGGAGACUCAGGGAAAGUGCUCCUGGCUGACGGUGCCCAAACCUCAGGACUCAUCCGAAGGAGUCAGGCGCUCCAGCUCAAUGGACUCCACCAGACAGCUCCACGGAAAAGACGAUGGGAAGAAGGAGAUCCAGUUUACCCUCAGUCUCACCCCUGAAGCCAUUCUCGUCAUCCAAAAACGCAAUCUAGAAAAACAGAUGAUGGCAAAGCAGCAGAAGUGUUGCGCCUCCGCGGACUUUCGCCACCGGCGAGUUUUUCCGUCCAAAAAGACGCACGGAGGGUCCAAGGGCUGCGCUCCCGUCGCCAAAGUGGAGAGCGCCGAGCAGGACAUCACCGCCAUAGUUAAGAUAUCUCUGUUGAACGAUCAGUACAAGUACGAUGAUGUGGAGUAUGAAGAAGAGGAUGGAGAUGUGGAUGAGACUGUUGUGAGGAAAUGUAAAGAGUGGCUGAAAGGGGUCGAAAACGCCGCUGCUUUGGGAAAAGUCGACAAACUUUCUGCACUCCCGCACCUUAAAGGUUGCUGACACCUGACUUGAUCUUUCAUUUUUGAAACUUUUACAACGAAGAGAUGAUGGACUCGCGAAUUGUGUGCACCCAUGUAGGCCUGCUGCAGUGGCAUCAUAAAUAUGAGUCUUGUAAAACUGAGCCUUUGUAAAUGAUGAGACAUUGUCCAGUUGUCUCCAAAGGAAUGUCAAUUUGUCUUAAUUAUUUCCUAAAAUAGAUUAAAAAAUGACAUUAAUUCAUGAACAUAGAAAUAGAUGGGUGAAUUGCAUUGGGAUAAGAGGAAAUAUGACAUUCACUUAACAAAAAUCAGAUUUUAAAGCUUAUUUGCAACCUGGCUCAGCAGUGCUCCUUCUGGUUCACGGGGACGUUGCUUUGCGAGUUUAAUGCCUGUUCGAUGUUUUGUUGAAUUUAAUACCUUAAUAUUCUUGUCCUUUGCACAUGGUUUUUGUUUUCAGCGGGGCGCCAGUGGAUUGGCAGAGGGGUUUGUGUAAUGGGAGGUGAAACCGUUCCUUUGUGUUGCGGAACAAUAAGCUGUCAACAACAGGGCUUUACAUGCGCCUGCUGCUGAAACCAAACUGGACUGUUUAUUUUUCCUCUAAUAAGAGGGUUAUAUCCUUUGUAGGGAUUUAUCAGCGAUGUACAGUAUUUAAUAUUUACUAAAUAUUUGUACUGUCAAACGCCAUUUGAAGUAAAAUGUUUUUUUAAUUAUUCAGUUGUCCCUGACGCUUUUAAAUCUUUGAUGAUUUGUGUUGUGCCUCUCAAAUAAGUCGGUUACAUAAUGCUGAUUUGCAUUUAGAUUUCUUUUACACUUCUGGUCACUUCCCAGACAGUAUUUUAAAGGCUCUUUGUUGCCACUGUAGCUACCUGAGGCCAUUUGGGCAUUAGUGUUCUAAGCUUCUUAGAUUUCCUGUUAAGCAGGGUUGAUCAGUGUACUGUAGGGCCCAGGUGUGUGAUCCCUUCAGGAAACUGCCGCCAGUCUGCUUUUCUUUUGUCAUAUCAAACAAAGCCAUGCAUGCAGCUACAAGAGAGAAAUAGCAUUGGUACCAAAGUCUGGCCCAUGCCUUCACCCAAAGUGCCAGAACUCUGUGAUUUGCAGCAAAGGUAUUCCCACCUUGAACUAAGAGCUUAAUCCUGACAUUUCCAGACUCAUGUGGUGGCCACUCACUGAGCUACAGAGGGACAUAUUUUUAAUCUGUAAGCCAUGAACUUCAUGCACAACUCAGGGAGUAAGCACUGGACCAGUUGCAGGCUUAGAAACAAACCAGUAAUUGGCUAUUUUCAGCAGAAUACAAUAAACCAAACAUAGAGAAACUGAGCUGUAAAGACUCGUUUGGCCUCUUUGUUGCUUCACUUCAGCUGCCUUCAUUUUAUUCCAGUGAUCAUUAAACCAGUCACAAACCUUAAACACAAAUAAAUCUUCAUGCAGAGUCACAAACAUAGUAAUGUGUGUAGAGUGUUGAGAAGGUUCCCUGCAAUGUACUUUAACUCUUUGUAUUGUUCUCUGUAACUUGGUAACCAGAGUUUUUCUCUGUGUGGUUCAGUCUAAAAGCUCAAUCACAACUUGGACAUAGGAGUGUAACAUUAAAAACAGUAGAGUGCAUUUGAAAAACUCACAGGCCAGCAACUGGUAAGCUAUUUUUAAAAGAUGACUUAUAUUCAAAUCCUCAAGUAACACUGUCGCCUGAUAUUAUUUUCACAUCAGCGCUGUGGAUUCUUAGAUUAUUUUCUUUCAGUGAGAGGUGCCUGCUUUCUUAUAAUUAAUUAUAAUUUUUAUCAUUGUAAUAAAGGCUUUGAUAAUAGAUUU